AUGGUCAUGGUGGCGGGAGAGAUUACCACCGGCGCCAAGCUGGACUAUGACAAGGUGGUGCGUGGAGUCGUGGCACAGAUCGGCUUCGACAGCUUCGUGGAUGAUCUUUCCAGCGUGGACAGCAAGGGUUUGAGCCACAAGACCUGCGAGGUUCUGGUCCGCAUCAACAAGCAGAGCCCGGACAUUGCCGGCGGAGUGCAUGUCGGUAAGAACGAGAUGGAUGUGGGAGCUGGGGACCAGGGUAUCAUGUUCGGUUAUGCCAGCGACGAGACUUCCGACUGCAUGCCGCUGACCCACUCCAUGGCCACAAGGCUCGGCAAGACCCUAACGGAGGUGCGCAAGAGCGGUGAGUGCUGGUGGUUGCGCCCGGAUGGCAAGACGCAGGUGACGAUCGAGUAUAUGCAGCAUCCGGACGGCAGUGUGGAGCCCAAGAAGAUCCACACCGUGGUGAUCUCCACCCAGCACGCGGAGCCCUCCAAGGCCAAGCGCACCCAGGAAUGUGCUGGCUACACUGGUGCGGAGAUGGUGGCCCCCAGCAUGGAGCAGAUGAACAAAGAGAUUGAAGAGAAGGUAAUCAAGCGGACGCUUCAGUCGAUCAAGCUGAAGAGCGGCCAGCCGGCCAUCAGCUUGUACGGCAGCCACAC